AUGAGCCAAUCAAAACGCCGGAUGAUGCUAGCUGAUCCAGACCCGUCCGUAUUACGCGUCCAGCCAUUUAAAUUACCCACGUACACCCUAGUUUGGGCAGUCAUAAAAUCGCUGGACCCUGUUGGCUUGGUGGCCGAGCACAGAGCAGAAACGCCGAAUUCGAAUCCUUCCCUGCUUCGUUUCUGGUUUAGAGCGAGUCUUGGCAUCCCUCCCGUCAAACGUCGCCUGCUCGAAUCCCAAUCUCCAAAAAAUCCUACGUCUUUUGCAGAACAAACUGCAAACACUCUCCCCAACUUUCUGCCACCUGCAAUCCCAGGCCUCGCUCCUCCACCCUCUCACCUCUCAGACCUCAUGACCACCGCCUGGCUCGCCAUAAGCUUGAAUACCGUCAAGAGGCUGACCAUUGAGCCAAUAUUCCCCUAUCCGCUUGAUUGA